AUGCUCGGCCGAUCUUUGCGAAUGGGCCUUGGGUUGCGCACCCCAGUCCUUAGAUCUCUUGCACCUGCACAAACUAGCCUGCUGCUUUCCCGCGGGCCUGUCCGCUAUAAUUCGACCGGCACUGCUGCUGCUGCUGUUGCUGCUGCCUCUCCUGCCAUUGAAAUCAAGUCCGAAAUUGGUCAGAUUUCCGCAGAAAAAGCUGUAGAGGCUGCUGCCAGCGUCUCAGAUGCUAUUCAAGCUGCCGCUGUGGUUGCUCCCAACCAGAUCGGUUAUUUCCAAUCACUUGGCUUGGCCCAAUCUUGGUUCUGGCCCCCAGACUUUUUCCAGCACAUUUUCGAAAUCAUGCACGUUUACUCGGGACUGCCAUGGUGGGCCUCUAUUAUGUGCGUGACUGUGGCCAUGCGUACUCUGCUACUUCCUCUUUACAUCAAAUCGUCAGAUCACUCGGCGCGCAUGACAAUGCUCAAGCCUGAGCUCAACAAGAUUACCCAGGACUAUAUGAAGGUUGAAGACCCUCUUGAGGGCCAGCGUCUUCUUAUUAAGCGUCGUAAGCUUAUGCAGGAUUCCGGUGUUAAGACUCUUUACCUUAUGAUGCCCAUGUUUAGUAUUCCCUUCUUUAUUGGUAUUUUCUCUGGUCUCAAUCGCAUGUGUGCUGCUAAGGUUUACGGUAUGAUGGAUCAAGGUUUAUAUUGGUUCCCUGAUUUGACUGCUGCUGAUCCUUACCUUGGUCUGCAAGUCAUCACUGCUGUUGUUUAUGCUGCUACCAUCAAGAUGGGUGGUGAGACUGGUGCUUCACCCAUGUCCCCUGGUAUGAAGAAGAUUUUCACCUACAUGCCCUUUAUUGCUGUUCCUAUGACCAUGGGCGUUCCUGCUGCCACUUGUUUAUACUUUGCCACCAACUCAGUUCUUUCUGUUGGCCAGACUCUUCUUUUGAAAUCUCCUACAGCCCGUAAGUUCCUUGGUCUGCAUCCUAUUGUCCACCCCAAGCUUGAUCCUACCACUGAGAAUAUGUCUGCUCUUGAUCAGAUCAAGCAAACUUUCCAGAAGGCUAAGGAUCGUGCAGAGAAGAUGGCUCGUGAGCAAGAACAAGAAGCCAAGGUCCGUGCUGAAGCUGAUCGUCUUGCUGCUAAUGAAAAGGUUUUUAUCAAGAAGCGCGCUCCAUCUGUUUCUGACAAGUUCAAGGGCAAGACUGUCAAGAAGGGCGAAGUUCUUCGUGGUUAG